ACAUGCCCUUUAUCUUUUGUCUUGUUUUAACUGCUUUCUUUCUCCACAUUGAAGACCAAAUAGAAAAAACUAAGCUGUAGUAUUGCCAUUGCUUGGGUAUUGAAUCAGAGAUUCAGACCUAACUUUGCUGACCAUGGGCAGAAGUUAGAGGGAGAAACAGAGAAACACACUUCGAUUGGGAGAGCGAGAAGGAAGGGGUCCGGGUAGUGCAUGUCUUGGCUGGGUGAGUGAGAGACGAGAGUGGUUCGGUGACCAACUGGCCAAAUCCAAAAGCCUCCUCUCUUAAGUCCCACCAAAGCUUGUUUUGGGUCGGCCUUGGAUUUGGGUAAAAAGCAGAGAGAGAGAGAGAGAGCCGAGCACCCCCUCCUCCGAACACUUUAUUCUCUCUUCAAAUUCGAUACUUUGCUCUGUACCCACAACGAGGUGUUUUUUUUUUUUUUUUUUUUGGCGCAGAGAGCAAAACUCACUCUCUCUCUCUCUCUCUCUCUCUCCCCGACAUUGUCUUGUUUUAUCCUCAGAAUCUCAUAGUCUUACUUCUACGCAUUCAAGGGCUCUGUCCUUCUCCCUCCCUCCCUCGCUCACUCUCUCUCUCUCUCUCUCUCUCUCUCUCUCUCUCUCUCUCUCUCUCCUUGGUUCCCUUUCAGAAUUCCUCUGUUUUCUCUCGACUCAACCCUGAAAAUAUGAAGUGAAACGGAAGCCAUUGAUCUCAGUAUUUUUGGGUUUUAUCAAGUGUUUGUAAGUCCAGCAUAAAAAAUGCUGAGAAACUGGGAUUUUCCUUGUCCCCUUAAUUUUUUCUUCUCUUCAGUGCCCGAGGAAACACAAGUAUUGCCUGCCCAUUUGUUCUGUUAUGCUCUCUUGCAAAUCAGUAGUUUCUCCCCUUUCUUUUGGCAUAAAUUAGAGGAUUUUCUCUCAUUAAUUGGUUUAUUCUAGAGACAUUAACAAGCUAGUUUCUGGGGAGUUUUUUUGGUUCCUAGAUUUGAUUUUUCUAUAUAGUUUUAGAUCAUUUUUUCCCAGUCAGUCUUUCCAAAUAAUUCUUGAAGAACGAAUUAAAGUUAGUUAUUAUAAAUCUUGAUAGCUAUAUGAAGUUUGAGCGACAAUGAAAGAUGGGAGUUCCAAGAAAAGCAAGCUUUCAUGGCCGAGGACAUUGGUCAAAAAGUGGUUCAAUAUCAAGAGCAAAGCUGAGGACUUUCACGCAGACGAUAUCGUAUAUGAAGGUGGUGAUGAAGAGUGGAUGAAGAAAAACUGUUCAGAGAGGGAGGCAUGCACAAUCAAGAAAAGCAAAACAGAGCGAUCGUACAGACGGAACUCUGAUCGUAUCCGGCGAGGCAAGAUCGAUCUGGAUGCCUCACUAGUUACAGAUGUGCAUAAUUAUAGGCUUUUUGUAGCUACAUGGAAUGUCGCUGGAAAAUCUCCUCCUCAUAAUUUGAUUCUUGAAGAUUGGCUUCAUACCUCUCCUCCUGCUGACAUUUACGUUCUUGGAUUUCAAGAAAUUGUUCCUUUGAAUGCUGGCAAUGUGUUAGGCACAGAAGAUAAUGGGCCCGCUAGAAAAUGGCUAGCUCUUAUCAGGAAGACCUUGAACAGUCUUCCGGGCACUAGUGGUGGAUGCCACACACCUUCACCAAUCCCUGAUCCUGUUGUUGAAUUAGAUGCCGACUUUGAAGGAUCAACAAGGCCGAAUGCUUCCUCACUUUUCCAUAGGCGAUCAUUCCAGUCCUUGAGUCGAAGCAUGAGAUUGGGCUACGACAUGGCAAUGCCACAGCCCCGACUUGAUCGGCGGUAUAGCGUUUGUGACCGGAUUAUUCUUGGGAACAGGCCAAGUGACUAUGACCUCAAUUUCAGAUAUGGCUCUUCUGAUGAUGAGAAUGGGCCAGGGGAUUCUCCAGAGGCAACACAGUAUUCACCAGUAUCUUACAGUGGGCCUUUGUCCUUGGAGGAUAGAGAUAGACAGCCAGGCCACUCAAGGUACUGCUUGAUUGCCAGUAAGCAAAUGGUUGGGAUAUUUCUAACAGUUUGGGUAAAGCGCGAUCUAAGGGAUGAUGUUCGCAACAUGAAAGUGUCCUGUGUGGGAAGAGGAUUGAUGGGCUAUCUUGGAAACAAGGGUUCAAUUUCUAUUAGCAUGUCUUUCCACCACACAAGCUUUUGCUUCGUAUGUAGCCAUUUGACGUCAGGGCAAAAGGAUGGUGAUGAGCUAAGGAGAAACUCUGAUGUCAUGGAGAUUCUUCGGAAGACAAGGUUUCCUAGGGUUCAUGGCACGGGGGACUGGGGUUCCCCUCAAACAAUUCUAGAACACGAUCAAAUUAUCUGGCUAGGGGAUUUGAACUAUCGUAUUGCUCUAUCUUACCGUUCUGCAAAGGCUCUUGUUGAGAUGCAUGAUUGGAGGGCAUUGCUCGAAAAUGACCAGUUGCGUAUAGAGCAGAGACGUGGGCAUGUCUUUGAGGGAUGGAAUGAAGGAAAAAUAUACUUUCCUCCUACCUACAAGUAUUCAAAUAAUUCUGAUAGAUAUGCAGGGGAUGAUAGGCACCCAAAGGAGAAGCGAAGAACUCCUGCAUGGUGUGAUCGUAUAUUAUGGCAUGGCAGAGGCCUCCAUCAGUUAUCAUAUGUUCGAGGAGAGUCAAGGUUCUCAGAUCAUAGGCCAGUUUAUGGCAUAUUCUUGGCAGAGGUCGAGUCUUUAAACCGGAGCCGAAUCAAGAAAAGCAUGAGUUGUUCCAAUGCCAGGAUUGAAGUAGAAGAGUUAUUGCCAAAUAUGAACGGAUACACUGAUCUCAAUUUCUUUUGAGGGCUGGAAAUUUUGAUGAUUCACAUUCCAGUAUGCUCAACUAGAAACAAUUGGAGAAGGAUUAGAUGGUGUUCAAGGACUUACCACAAAUAAGUAAUACUGAGAUCAAAAUACAAGUUUCUGCGAUAUUCAAACACCAGUUUGUCUCCUCAAUCAAUCAGGUAUUUGCCCUAGUUCAUCCUUCCGAUCAGGUUUAUAUUAUGCUCACAAAAGUUAGAGGUCAGACUUUCAAUUCAGUUGUACCAUAUAAACCUAGUUUGGAUAGUUUACGGUCUUCCUUUCAGGAGGGACAAGGUUCAUAAAUGUUUGUCAGAAGCUAAAAGUAAUUCUCACGUUUUACCCAAUUAAAGCUGUGAACUGUGGAGUCAACUCCUACACCAAAUAUCAGUCCCCAUCUUCCAAGUACAUGUGCUGCAGAUAACUCAGCCUUGAUGGUCAUAGAAACACACUGCUCUCCAAAAUCCAAAAGAAGGUACAUAAAUAAUUGGGUGUUCUUUUUUUCAAUCACUAACUCCAGAAGUUUGUGGCUCACAAUCCCUUCAUUGCGAAGUCUAAUUAACAUGGUCAUCACUCCUGGAAUUUAACCGGAUCAAUAAUGGCCCAGUGUUGAUUAAAGAAGCACCAACUUUAUUGGAUAUCUAACGAACAAUUGGUUUCUGUUAAAGGAGACUUGGAUUUGUGCUAUCCUUAAGGAAAGCAUUAGCGAUGUGAUGGAUAGUCAUUACUAGCCAAAAAAGGGAAAGAAGAAAAGAAAAGGUGUUGGUGAUUGUCUGAUUGAUACGAAGCUUCUUUUUCUGUUGCUGUUAAUGAUUUUACUGAAAAAGAAAACAUAACAGUUAAUUUGGUUGACUGUCUCCAUUCUAUUUUAUUUUUUUGUCUACAUUCAAAAAGCAAACAACAGCUUACACUUUUUAUAGAUGUGUCAGGUAGUUACCAUGCA